AUGCCCAAAGCUGUUCAGUUUGCCGUGCUGAAGCAGGGCGCCCUGGAGUCCGGCAGCUGGACGCAGCGUGUGCUGACAAUCGACACAACAACCGACACGGUGACUAUCAGCCGCAAGCAGCACAGCGAGAACCUCUUUUACCACUCUUUGGAGGUGCUGCAUGUGCAGAUGUGGCCGCGGUACAAGGCGUGCGAGGUGGCCCACCAGUUUAACUCGCUCAAAGCAAAGAUGACAUUGCGUAUCUUCGGAAAGCAGGUGCCUGUGCCGAAGAUGUCUGUGGAAGAGGUCACCGCCGCGGAAGUGGCGGCGAUGAUUCGUCUGCCAAGCGUACCCUCCAGCAUCUCGCUGGAUGCCUCACUAAACAUUGAGCGCCCGCCAGCGGCAGCGCCACUACAUUCAGAGAAACUGAAGCCGCGUCCUUCUGCAGCUGCUGCAAGCACAAGCGACGGCCUCUGCGACAGCUGGAUGGUCCGCUUCUCCUCCAUCGACUCGUAUGAGCUGGCAGUGUUGCUUCUCAGCAACAUGCGGAACAAGGAAGGCAAGCGCAAGCGCUUGUUUGGCGACCACGUCCUCACAGACCUCGAGUGCGUGAAGAAGGCGUGGAAUGAGGAGACAAAAAGCUUGAAGUCCAUCAGCGAUGCUACCAGGGCCCCUGAAAGACUGUGA